CCUACUUUACCAGUUAGGUCAUUCUUGUCAUUAGUUUUGGGUGACCUGCUGACCAGUGAGCACAGCAAAGUAGUGAGAACAAGAACAUUCAGAGAGUGGUUUGAAGAAGAAACAGAAGCAUUUUGGCUUCAUACCCUAUCUGGGCUCGAGUUCCCUGAAAUCACCGCACGUGCAGUGGAAGGAAAAUGGCAGAAUUGAAGUACAUUUCUGGAUUUGGGAACGAAUGUGCCUCAGAGGACCCUCGCUGCCCUGGUGCCCUGCCAGAAGGACAGAACAAUCCUCAAGUUUGUCCCUACAAUUUGUAUGCUGAGCAGCUCUCAGGAUCAGCUUUUACUUGUCCUCGGAGCACCAAUAAGAGAAGUUGGCUGUAUAGGAUUCUCCCUUCAGUUUCUCACAAGCCCUUUGAGUCCAUUGACCAAGGCCAUGUCACUAACAGCUGGGAUGAAGUUGAUCCUGAUCCUAACCAGCUUAGGUGGAAACCAUUUGAGAUUCCAAAAGCAUCUCAGAAGAAGGUGGACUUCGUGAGUGGCCUGCACACCUUGUGUGGAGCUGGAGACAUCAGGUCUAACAAUGGGCUUGCCAUCCACAUAUUCCUCUGCAACACCUCCAUGAAGGACAGAUGCCUUUACAAUUCAGAUGGGGACUUCUUGAUUGUUCCCCAGAAAGGGAAACUUCUCAUUUACACUGAGUUUGGCAAGAUGCUUGUGCAGCCCAAUGAGAUCUGCGUCAUUCAGAGAGGAAUGCGGUUCAGCGUAGAUGUCUUCGAGGAGACCAGGGGGUACAUCCUGGAGGUCUAUGGCAUCCACUUCGAGUUGCCCGACCUGGGACCAAUUGGAGCCAAUGGCUUGGCCAAUCCUCGUGAUUUCUUGAUACCUGUUGCCUGGUAUGAAGAUCGCCAAGUGCCAGGUGGUUACACUGUGAUUAAUAAAUACCAAGGAAAACUGUUUGCUGCCAAACAGGACGUCUCCCCAUUCAAUGUCAUCGCCUGGCAUGGGAACUACACCCCCUACAAGUACAACUUGGAGAACUUCAUGGUCAUCAACGCAGUGGCCUUUGACCACGCAGACCCAUCCAUUUUCACAGUAUUAACUGCCAAGUCUCUCCGCCCUGGAGUGGCCAUCGCUGAUUUUGUCAUCUUUCCUCCUCGAUGGGGGGUUGCUGAUAAGACCUUCAGGCCUCCUUAUUACCACAGGAACUGCAUGAGUGAAUUCAUGGGGCUCAUCAAAGGCCACUAUGAGGCAAAGCAAGGCAGCUUCCUGCCAGGAGGAGGCAGCCUACACAGUGCCAUGACUCCCCAUGGGCCCGAUGCCGACUGCUUCGAGAAGGCCAGCAAAGCCAAGCUGGCACCUGAGAGGAUUGCUGAUGGCACCAUGGCAUUUAUGUUUGAGUCUUCUCUAAAUAUGGCCGUCACUAAGUGGGGGCUCAAGACCUCUCCUGGUUUGGAUGAGAACUACUACAAGUGCUGGGAGCCUCUCAAGAGCCGCUUCACACCCAAUUCCAGGAACCCAGCAGGAGCUAACUGAGACUGGAGCGUUGCUACCAUAGUUGUUCCUUUAAAAUCUCAUGACUUCAGGCACUAUUAGGGGAGGAGGCGGGUUAAAAUGAGAACUCACUUUUUUACUGUCAAGUGAUUGAAACAUUUGUAGAAAUGUAUUUGGAAAUUUAUAUGUCUGUCAGCUUAAUUAUUCAAUAAAUACUUGCUGGCAUUGUA